AUGCUAAGCGGAUUAGAAAUUCUUAACCAAGCAAUCGACAUAUUGGAAGGAAGCGAAUCGGAUGAUAGUUUCAAUUGGUUUAAUUCUGACAUGUUCACUUCAGAUCUAGCUAAUGGGGAUACUGAAAAUUCAUUUACCAGCUUCGAUAAGGGAUGUAUAAAAACCUCGUCCCCUGAUCUUGAUCAAAGUUUUGAAAACAGGAAUUUCCUGGACUUUUCGGAGCACAAGGAACAUAUUCUAUUAAAAAAGACGAGCUUCGGUGGAUACGGUGGCUCUACAAGUCACGAUGGCGGUAAAUUGCUGGAGGGUGUUUUUAGACCGGCAAUUUUCAAGACCCUCUCAGACCAGUACUCCUCAACACAACCAAAUAAGUCCACGGGCCGUCCGAUCUCCAACCAAAUGAAGUGUAAGUUCUUACUUCAUGAAAGUCUCGAAGAUGCAAUAAAUUUCCUUAACAAGACAGGAACCGUCAACGUCCCCCUGGUCAGAGACAUGAUGUUCACAGAUUGUGAUGUUGGCUCAAUAUUAUGUGACAUCUAUGAAGUUGAUCAGAUCUAUUUUAUCAAAAGCUUUAGAUCUGGUAAUGGAAAAACUUCUAGAAUCGAAGUGAAUCCAAAUUGUAAGAACUGCCCGAUAAAAUUGUGGAAGAAGAAAUUUUGUUUUCCUAGGUAUAAGUCUGGUAUGAAGCUCCAUCUAAUCAAAGGUUCUGAUGGUCAACGUUAG